AAAAACUACAGUCGUCGUCGACACAUAGGCCUACGUGUUGUAAUCAUGAGUGAAUGCAUGCACUUCACUGAGGGAGAGUUCUAUCAGCGGCAUUUUGAUUCGCGUGCAUAUGUUAAAAAUUUCUAUUCCUAUCCUCGCGGUCACUCUGACGAAAAGGAUUUUCUUACAUUCGUUUUAAGAUGCCUUAGCCGAGUUUUCUCCACGGGUAAGCAAGCAAACGAAUCGGGUCGUUCCGUCCGGCGGACCCACCGAAGGCCCACAGAGUGCAGUGUGGGGGGUUCUCUAGUGGCAGCUUCGCUGUUUUCCAAUGGAAGGGACGAGUCGGGGCUCACGACUGGGAGGAGGCUGCUGCAGGACAGUUCAGGUGCGCAUUUCGGGGGACGUACUCCCUUCUUCCCAGGGGGAGAACGGGCCGAGACUUACGGCCAGAGGAACUGUGGUGGAGCAGAGGUGCGUGUUUCGGGUAUGUACUCUUCUUCGCAGCGAGAAGCAGACAGAGAACUUACGGCUGGGGAGCUUCACUGCAACGCAGUCAGUUGGUAUUUUGUUAUAAUUUAUUUAUAUCGCUUUUCAUUCAUCUUUGAACUAUUCAGCCCAUCUGAUUUGGAGGCUUCGCUUAAGCAACGAGUCAAAAAGGUUUUAAAAUGUGAUGUCCGGUUGGAUAAUACGUUCUAUCCACACACAUUGGAACCAGCUGACUGCGUCAUUACAUCUCUGUGCCUGGAAGCAGCGUGUAAAGACAUUCAGACAUACCGUCGCGCUUUACAUGGGCUGACCAAGCUCCUGCGUCCUGGUGUACUUCUGGUCAUGGUAGGUGUUCUGGGUGAGACCUUCUACAAGGUGGAUGAACAGUCCUUUUCUUGUCUUAGACUGAGUCAGUAUGAUAUUGAGGAAGCGCUCAGAGGUUUAGGCCUCUCUAUCCACGAGUUUAAUUUACUGCCUGUAGAAGACCAGAAGAGCAACUCCGUGUCAACUUGUGGCGAGAAAACCUUCCGACUGAAUAGAGGAAUAUAA